GGCUGUUGCCGGGGGUGGUGCCAGCAGCGCCAGCCCGACCCCCCGCCUCGGGAUGUGCUGAGCAGGGGCAGCUCCGCUCGGGCCGCUCCGCGCCUCACCUGCCGCCUGCCCGUUCCCCCGCCGCCCCUCGCCUGCUCGGAACGGGUCGGGUCGGGUCGGGUCGGUCGCCGGUGGCGGAGGAUCCCGGCGAUAAAUUUCCUGUUGAACGUCCUCGUGUGGGCACGGGGGAGGGAGGAGAAGCCGGGCGCCGUGGCCGCCUUGUGCCGACGGCGUGUCCGCGGGAGCCCGUGGGUGCCUACACGGUCGCGCCGCCCUGCCCUGCUCGAGCUGUGUGAAGAAAGUCUUCAACCAUGGAUGUGUUCAUGAAAGGACUUUCCAAGGCAAAGGAGGGAGUCGUAGCAGCAGCAGAAAAAACCAAGCAGGGUGUGGCAGAGGCGGCAGGAAAGACGAAAGAGGGAGUCCUCUAUGUGGGUUCUAGGACCAAGGAGGGAGUUGUUCAUGGUGUCACAACAGUGGCUGAGAAGACCAAAGAGCAAGUGUCCAAUGUUGGGGGAGCUGUGGUGACAGGAGUGACAGCGGUGGCCCAGAAGACAGUGGAAGGAGCAGGGAACAUCGCUGCAGCCACUGGCUUGGUGAAGAAGGAUCAGCUGGCCAAACAGAAUGAAGAAGGUUUCCUACAGGAGGGAAUGGUGAAUAAUUCAGAUGUUCCUGUGGAUCCUGAGAACGAGGCUUACGAAAUGCCUCCAGAGGAAGAGUAUCAAGACUAUGAACCCGAAGCAUGAGAGUCCUUUUCUUCCUUUUAUCACCUGAGAUCUACUAACUACUAAAGACGUCCCAUCCUGUACAAGUGCUGAGUUCCAAUGUGCCCAGUCGUAAAAUUUUUUUACAGUUUUUACAGUGUAUUUUGAAGUCUUCCAUCAGCAAUGAUUGGAGUAUCUGUGACCGCAUCCACCUUGUUUCAGCAUUUCCCUCCUGCUGAAAUGAAACCGGUUGGCAGGGUCAUUGUUGUGCUGUGGAUAUUGUGGCUUCAAGUUUAAAAGUUAAAAAAGAAAAUCUUAAGUAAAAACACCUAAGUGUCUAAUGCUUAUUUCUAAUUCUGUACAUGUUUUGUUGAUAGGCUGUCAGUAAUUUGAUAUUGUUUAUGAUACAGUUUUUAUUUGUUUCCUAUGACUAUUCUUUCUGUGCAGAGAUGACUUAUUGUGAGAGCUUUAUAUAUAUGUGUAUGUAUUAUACAUAUAAAAAAAGUAAUUGAGCAUGAACUAUGCACCUAUAAAUAUUAGCUGUUGAAAUUUUAUUGUUUUGUGAUGUGUUUUAUUAACUUGUGUCUGUAAAUAAUGGUGUUCAACUGAAGCAAAUAAAACAUAACCCAUUAAAAACAAA